UACAUGCGCUUUCCUUUACUUUACAGAGUUUUUCCUGAUCUCGUCGCGCAUCGCGGUAUACGGCCAAUAUGGUAGGCUACCAGCGACCGGCGCCUUCAGCACGAAGAUCAAUGCGUCCUCCUCCUCGCCCACAUCCCACUCAGCAUGCCUCAAUGACGGGUCGCGCCCCGUCUCCAGCAGAGUCGGUCGUCUCGACGGCCGGAACAAAGAGAAAAGAAAGAGAUUUUGAUCAAGAUCAUGGUGAGGAGACGAACAUUCAUGUUGUGGUACGGUGUCGAGGCCGCAGCGAUCGAGAAGUCCGAGAGAACAGCGGGGUGGUGGUGUCAACAACUGGCGUCAAGGGCAAAAAUGUCGAGUUGUCGAUGGGACCAAAUGCUAUCAGCAAUAAGACCUAUCACUUCGACAAGGUCUUCUCGCCGGCUGCGGAUCAGGCGAUUAUCUUUGAAGAUGUCGUGGCGCCAAUAUUGAACGAGAUGAUGACGGGUUUUAAUUGCACAAUAUUCGCAUACGGCCAGACGGGAACAGGGAAGACAUACACCAUGUCCGGCGACAUGACUGACACACUUGGGCUCCUUUCUGAUGCCGCAGGUAUCAUACCUAGGGUUCUCUAUUCGUUAUUCCAGAAACUUGAAGCCGAAGAGGUGGAAUGCUCGGUCAAGUGCUCAUUCAUCGAGUUGUAUAACGAAGAGCUGCGAGACUUGCUAUCAACAGAUGAUGCUAUCAAGCUCAAAAUCUAUGACGAUUCCAACAACAAGAAGAGCCAUUCCGCAACAGUGGUGCAAGGAAUGGAAGAGUCACACAUCAACAACGCCGCAGCAGGCAUUAAAUUGUUACAGCAAGGCAGCUACAGACGACAAGUCGCCGCCACAAAAUGCAACGACUUGAGUUCGCGAAGCCAUACGGUCUUCACCAUCACCACCUACGUCAAGAAGCCAAGUGAGAGCGGAGAGGAUUACAUCUGUUCUGGGAAACUCAACCUUGUCGAUCUUGCAGGUAGUGAAAACAUUCAGAGAAGCGGCGCCGAGAACAAGCGAGCUGCCGAAGCCGGUCUGAUCAACAAAAGCUUACUAACACUUGGGCGUGUGAUUAAUGCACUUGUGGACAAAAGUGCUCACAUUCCCUAUCGUGAAUCAAAGCUCACGAGACUACUUCAAGACUCCCUAGGUGGCAGGACGAAGACUUGUAUCAUCGCGACAGUAUCUCCCGCAAAGAGUAACCUCGAGGAGACGAUUUCCACACUCGACUACGCCUUCCGAGCGAAGAACAUUCGGAACAAGCCUCAAGUCAAUUCUAUGAUCUCGAAGAAAACAUUGCUUAAGGAGUUUACCAAUGAGAUUGAGAAGCUCAAGAGUGAAUUGAUCGCUACUCGGCAACGCAAUGGUGUAUAUUUGACCAACGAUCAAUACGAAGAGAUUACGGUCGAGAGCGAAUCUAGGAGGAUCCUUAGUGAGGAACAGAAGGCACGCAUCGAAACCAUGGAGGUCAGCUUGCGCAACAAAGUCCAAGAACUGUUCAAUUUAACCAAUAAUUUUACCACACUCAAACGGGACACUGAGGCAACAAGGUCGACACUAGAGAGUACCAAGAGUGUCCUUUUGAAGACUGAGGCGGUACUGGCCGACACCGCAAGAAAUCUCAAUGAAGAGACUGUUUUGCGCGAGGCUCACGAAGAAACAGAAGAGAAACUGUUUAGAAUCGGCACGGAGCUGGUCUCGACAGUUGGCAUGUCAGUAGAAGAUGUCCACGAACUUCAUGCCAAGUUACGGCGUAGAUCUGAUCUCCAUGCCCAAAACCAUGAAUCAUGGAAGACCUCGGUUGAUAGCGUCGCUACUGCCUCUGACCUAGUUGAUGCCGAAAUUGAACGCUUCCAGGCAGCACACGCACAACUAAUACAGGCUAGCAAGGAACGAUUGGCAGCCUUUUUGUCGGCCCAGAGAGCUCAACUUGAAAGUUCGGCGAAAGUGGCUUUAUCGAAAGCAUCAGAGCUCGAAGAAAGUCGCCUUGCUAUCAAUGGUCAGUCUCUUAAAGCCAAGGAUGACAUGAAUUCUGUGCUAGAAGAGAUCAAGGACCUCCGGGAAAGCGUCAAAGAAAAGGUUGGCGAAGGUCUUCAAGGACUGUCAGAUGCCGCAGCCAAAAUCUCGGCGGAGGUCAUGUCCGAGCUUGAACAAUUCCAUGCUCAGUUGCAUACAUCCUACAGUGGCCUAGGAAAAGAUGUGAAGACAAUGUUUGACGAACUUACAAGACAGCUCUCUGCUCAGCGUGAAGAGGCAGACACCUUGAGAUUUGCCCUGCAGGAAGCAAACAAAGCGAACAUCGAGUCACAGCUGGCAGUCUCGACCCAGCUCCAAACCAUCCGAGAUGACGAGAGGAGAAUCGCGGAAGAGGAGAGGCAGAAACUUAAGGAGCAGAUCUUCCAAGUUAUUGACGCAUCGUCACAGAGACAGCAAGAAAGACUAUCUGACAAUCUGAUUAAGACCCAGACUAAUCUUGUCGGUGCGGCCGAGCAAUUUGAGAGCUCAGAUAAGGACUAUCGUGACAAGAUGGACAAAUGGGCAGAGGACGACACGGGUCUAAUGACCAUGGUGGUUAAAGCAAGGGAGGACAUCAAGACCAGAAUGAAAGGGGAUUGGACUGCUAUCAAUACGCGGAACACCGCCAUACAGAAGUCCACCAAAGCCAUCCACGAAGAAUCUACCAAGAUUGUUGAUGCCCAGCUAACCCAGAUGUCGACUCAAAUGGCUGCUUUGGACGACUUUGUGACACGGGCACGUUCGCAGAAUGACAACGAUCAUGCGGAAAUACAGCAGAACUUGAACAAGCUCGUCUCGAAUGUUGGUGAAGGGUUUACCGGCCUCGAAAACGCCUCUAAUGAGCAGAAGAUGAUCCUGGACAACUUCGAGGAGCAGACCCAAUCUCAUUCCAAUGGAGAAGGGCUCGUCGCAUCUUUCCGAGACACCCUUAAGCCGCAUUUGCAAGAUCUGAAGGCAGAAGUGACGAGGCCAACGUUUAAAGAAUACCUACCGACAGGGCAGACACCCCAGAAGCGCGACUGGGAAUACCCAACCACCCUUCCGCGUACGGAUAAUCACGAGUCUAUCAUUGCAAGACUACGUGGUUUGCCUGAUCCAGCACUAGCAUCGAGAACGCCAACUUCGCGAACACCUGCCCGCUCCCCGCGCAAGCAAACAUCACCCAAGAAAGCGUUUAGCUCUCCAAGCAAGAUGACCAGUCCUAGCAAGACGAAAGUCUUUACUGAUGUGGAUUCGGCCGAUACCCAACAACAGCAACAACCCAACUCACAAAAUCAAGUCGCCACUACCAGCUUGCCGUUUGAUCAAAGCAAGUCCGGUAUGGGUUUGAAAGAGAUUGACAUCAAUGUCCUCGGUCGCCCACCCUCUGGCCCCUCUGCUCCGUCGCUAGCAGCGGGAACGGUUGAAGAGAAAGAGCGAGAACGCGAAGGAGGUAGACCUGUUCUGCUGGAUUUCAGUAAGAGUCUGGGUCAUGGCUCAGGACAGCCGCCGCUUAAGAGACAUGCGACUACGAAUGCGGUCGUGGAGAGCAAAUUGCCGGCCAAGCAGAAAUUCGCACGAGCUAAAAGUACAAUGACGGGCAUGGGAAUGAAUACAGGGGUUGAGAACUUCAGUCAGUCUGUUGGGCCGACUAUGGGAGGAAGAAGAUUGAGGAGUAUGGUCAAUCCCCCAGAGUAAUCUUCAUGGUUGGAAACAGCAAUAUGAUGGGCGAGCUCGUUGAUUGCAAGGUUUUGGCUUGGGUCAUUUUUUUGAAUCGAAAUUGAGUUACGAGAUACCCCUAUUCCGUUUUUUGGUACGUAGAUUACCAGUCGGUCUUAUUGAUGAUGCUGCGAAGAGGCAUUGGUUAGGAAUAUUGUAUUGCUUACGGAGUACUCGUACAAGACAGUGGACAGGCC